UUUAAUUAAUCUUCAUCGUGUAUGAUAACGUUUCCCACGAUUUGAAUCAUUUAACAUUUAUUUCUGGCAAAUUGUCAACUGUUCUGUCGCUGUGGGAUUUGCGAAAGGAAGUAGUGUCAAAUAGACAGAAGGAGAAAUAGGCGGGAAUCGAAAGACAGCAGGAACUGUCAUACGAGAACCGCCAUUUUCCGCCGUUUUCUCUUCUAAAGGCUUCCUAUUACUAAUUAUGGCGUAUUUUUACUGACAUGUCAAACAUUCCACCGAUUGCUUAUAAAUUUCAGUUUUCCUACGUUUCGUGUCUUGCUGUAUCAGAAUCUUUGAGGAAAAAUCAUGUUGAUAAGAUUAGAAACGAGUUUUAAAUAUAUGUAUACGUGGCUUACUUAUAGACUGACAUCAAUUAUUUUGAUCAAAUAUAUUCUUCCGUUUGUGAAAUUCUUUAGAAUAUGUGCAAAUCUUUUUAUUGUGUGGUAGAUCCCAAAUGACAGCAGUGAAUGGGAAAAGACCAUCUUCGAUUCCAUCCAGACAUCAGUCUGAAACAGUAGCUCAACAUUUUGACUUAAUUAAAUAUAUUUAUGACUCGUGGAAUACAGUAUCUAGAGAAUUAGAUAUGUGUCACAAUCAACCUCACAGUAAUUCUUCCAAUUAUAGAAAUGGAGCGUCUGUCACAUAUUAUCAAGAACGAGAACCAAAUCCUCAACUCAAAGAUUUUGAGCCAUUUAAUCUUGAAGCUUGGUGGGGACAGCGUGUUGUCCAAAGUAUUACCAGGAAUGCAAGUUCCUAGUGCCAGGCUCAACACAUUGAUUAUAAUCGAACAUUCUCAAAUAGACAUAAGAAACAGAAAGGAUAAAUUCAGUGCUGCCGGAGGAAACUUUUCCAUUUCUAGAAAUAAUUUAUCGUGUAUUCAAAAAUAAGCGAUGAAAGAAGAAUAGUAUAGGUAUAUACUAAGUAUUUAGCAAUCAAUUUUGAAUCUUUUGAUAACAAAGAUAGUAUAUUAGCAAAUAAUCAAAGAUAAAGAUGAAAGAAAGAGAAAGGGAAAGAGCAGGGUUAUGGAAACAUACAUAUUAGUAUGAAAAUGACAUUCCUCUAAUCUUUUAUCGUAUUUUAACAUAAUAUCGCCUUUUCCUGGACCUUUUUACUCAUCGUGUUUUUAAAAGUAUUUUACAUAAAAAAAAUUGUUCUAAGCUGUUUCUAACAAUGUCUUUCUAAGAUUCAACGCGAUGAAUAAUUAAGAAAUAUAGUGCAUGCUAAAACUAUUUAUUUUAUUUGUCACACUGGCAAACAUAAUUGUAAGAGAUAGUUUGUAUUAUAAAUCAAAUUUUCAUUGUUACUUAAUGAGAAACUUAGAGUAAUUUAUCUUUUAAUCCCUUUGUAAUUAAAAACUUGGAUAUGGAAUGCUGAAUCGAGAGCACAUAAAUUAUAUAUAAAUUCUAUAUAUUUCAAUCGAAGGAAGUAUGUGCGAAGAAAAACUUGAAUUACCUUUUAAGGUUUAUGCAUAUAUGUAUUUUUCCACGAAUUGCAUUUCACAUUUUUAAUAAAUUUUUCCAUUUACACACAUGUAAUGAAGUCGCACUUUAAUGUAAAGAAGAAAAACAAAAAACAAAAAUGCAAAAGGAUAAAAGUUUUGAGAUUCUCUAAAGAAAAAUCACAUGUGAGAACGUAGAAUGCACCGCUAUUUCUGACGAAACGACGAAGUGAAUAUUUAAUUCUUACUCAAAAUAAUGUGAUAAUUAUUACGAUUUUAAAUACAAUUAAAUCUAUGCAAUUAUGUACAUUUACUAUGAAAAUAUGUAUGUAUGUAAUGUAUCUAUGCGUGUAUAGAUAUUAUGUAAGAAUCAUCUCGUAACAUUUUUAACGAUAAGCAACAAUAACAAUUAAUGUUUUUCUAAACUCGUGGACAUCUUUACCAAUUACUUGUAGUGGUAUUUUUUUAUGUACAAUUGAAUAGGAAAAGUAUUAUUACAAUUAUGAUGAAUCUAGUUCGAUACUGUUAUACAUGUUAUACAAAAAUCGCUGUAACGUUAGGGAUACGUGCACUUGAAAGAAAAAAAUAGGAGUUGCUUCGCAUAAUGCUAUUGAGUCAAUGCCUUGAUAUAGUUUAACAUCUCGUUAUUUCCAAGCAAAUGCGAAUCCUUACCAAUCAUCGUUUCAACUUCAUUUAACGUGUUCAGUUUUAAGGUCUUAACGAUUCGUUCCAAAUUACCGAGACUUCUCUCUAUCGCACGUUUCUCGCUAUUAAGCAUCUAGAUUUAAUUGAAGAAUCUAAAGUUGACAUUUUGUAUCGUUCUAACGAGAUCUAUGUUACGUUUUUUUCAAUUGUAUUGUACGAAAUACAGCAAAUAAGUAUAUAUAAACGA